CUAGAUUUAAAUAGUUUCGUUAUGGCGCGGGUAACAUGGACGAGGAAUUCAGAAUUUCUUUUAUCCUGUGUUGGAUUUGCCGUUGGUUUGGGAAAUAUUUGGCGAUUUCCUUCUCUGUGUUACAAGAAUGGUGGAGGUGCGUUUCUGGUCCCGUACCUCUUCUCUUUGGUCUUCGGUGCAGCACCUGUUGUGAUUAUGGAGUUGGGACUUGGACAGUAUAUGAGCCAAGGUGCUGUCGGUGUCUGGAAGAUAUGCCCGCUGUUUGAAGGUGUCGGGGUAGCUACCAUGGUGAUCAUGACGUACUACAACACCUACUAUAUGCUAAUUUUGGCCUGGGGUGGAUACUACCUCGUCAUGAGUAUGCAGGCUGUACUACCUUGGACUCACUGCAACAACCAAUGGAAUACUGUGAG